ACGUUCCCCAUCCCAACGGAGAAAACGGCGAAAGAAAGAAAGAAAAAACCGAGAAAAUCAGAGUACCACUCGCUCCUCCUUCCAUCCAUCGAGCUAAGCUUGGCGAGACAGCGCCCGCGGGAUCGCGGGCCACGCAGGCAGCUUGCCCCGCCCCGAUCCAUCCGAGAUGAGCUUCCGCGGCGAGGAGAGCGGCGGUGAGGAUGGGGCCCGCUCGUCGUCGGCGUCGGACCUGCGGAAGCCGUUCCUCCACACGGGGAGCUGGUACAAGAUGUCGGCGGCCGGCGGCGGGAUGGGGUCGCGGCAGUCCAGCCUCAUGGACCGCCUCGGCUCCUCCGCCUACUCCCUCCGCGACACCUCCGUCUCCGCCGUGCUCUGCACCCUCAUCGUCGCGCUCGGCCCCAUCCAGUUCGGCUUCACCUGCGGGUUCUCCUCCCCGACGCAGGACGCCAUCAUCUCCGACCUCGGCCUCUCGCUCUCCGAGUUCUCGUUGUUCGGGUCGCUGUCGAACGUUGGGGCAAUGGUGGGCGCCAUUGCCAGCGGGCAGAUCGCCGAGUACAUCGGCCGCAAGGGGUCUCUCAUGAUCGCGGCAAUUCCAAACAUUAUUGGAUGGCUCGCAAUAUCUUUUGCAAAAGACUCAUCCUUUUUGUUUAUGGGUCGAUUGCUGGAAGGAUUUGGGGUCGGCGUGAUAUCCUAUGUGGUGCCAGUUUAUAUAGCAGAAAUUGCUCCACAAACAAUGAGAGGAGCUCUUGGUUCAGUCAAUCAGCUUUCUGUUACUAUUGGCAUAUUGCUUGCCUACUUGUUAGGCAUGUUUGUUCCCUGGAGAAUUCUAUCUGUUCUCGGUAUUUUACCAUGUUCAGUUCUGAUACCUGGAUUGUUCUUUAUCCCUGAAUCACCAAGGUGGCUGGCAAAAAUGGGAAAGAUGGAGGAUUUUGAAUCAUCGCUGCAAGUCUUGCGAGGAUUUGACACAGACAUCGCAGCAGAAGUAAAUGAAAUAAAGAGAUCAGUUGCAUCAUCACGGAGGAGGACAACAAUACGAUUUGCAGAAAUCAAGCAUAAGAGAUAUAGUGUUCCUCUAAUGAUAGGAAUUGGUCUCCUUGUUCUUCAGCAGUUAAGUGGUGUGAAUGGCAUUCUAUUUUAUGCUGCUAGUAUCUUCAAAGCUGCUGGUCUUACAAAUAGUAAUCUAGCAACAUUUGGUCUAGGGGUUGUUCAGGUGGUUGCUACUGGAGUGACAACUUGGCUGACUGACAAAGCUGGUCGACGACUACUUCUCAUUAUCUCUACUACAGGGAUGACCAUUACACUUGUCGUUGUUUCUGCGUCAUUUUUCGUGAAGGACAACAUAACUAGUGGCUCUCAUUUAUACUCUGUAAUGAGUAUGCUUUCGUUGGCUGGGCUUGUGGCAUUUGUGGUUUCAUUUUCCCUUGGUUUGGGAGCCAUACCAUGGAUCAUAAUGUCUGAGAUUCUUCCUGUAAAUAUCAAGAGUCUUGCUGGAAGCGUUGCAACCCUUGCAAACUGGUUGACAGCAUGGCUCAUUACGAUGACGGCAAGCUUGAUGUUAAGCUGGAGCAAUGGAGGAACAUUUGCUAUCUAUGCUGCGGUGUGUGCCGGUACCCUCGUUUUUGUAUGCCUAUGGGUGCCGGAGACCAAAGGAAGAACACUAGAGGAGAUUGCAUUUUCUUUCCGGUGAAGCCAAAGCACGGCCUUUCUGUUGGCAAUAGAUUUACGGAUUAGCUAUCAAGAUCUGAACUCUUGAGUUCAUGUAUGUAAUCAUGUAUUGGUUGGAUUUGUAUCAUGUGUUCAUGCGUGUACAAUAGAAAUAUAGAGUGGAGCAGUAGCAAAGUACAGGACCAUUGCAAGCUAUCUCGCAUGGGAGCAAUCUGUUGAUUUUACCCAAACUGCUAUGGAGGGAACAGUGAAGACUUCAUGUAGUAAGAUAAAUUUUGAGCAAAUAAAUUGAUGAGGAU